GUAUGAUGAAGUGGAAUGUGUGCUACAGAGUUUGAUGAUAGCUGAAAAAACACGACUUAGUGGCAGUCUGAACACAGCAGACUUCUUAUCAGCAUGGGUAAGAGUACAAAAAGAUGGCAUCUGGGAAAAUAAACUUCUCGAGGCAUUGUGCAUUAUUCAGAACUAUCAGAUGCUGCAGAAACUGGGUUGCAGUGUUGACGAUGAGAAGGCCAGAUUUCUGCCACACUCACCGGAAUCUUCUUUGUUUGUUAACUGCGUGCGAAAAGCUUUGUAUCAUGUCUGUGAGUCAUUGGAUUCUGAAGGAUUAAAUGAGCUUUUGAGACGUAUCAAAGAAGACUACAGAUGUCUGCAUGGAGUGGAAUUAGAAACUUUCGAUCCACAGUACAUGGAAGUAAACAUACUGUGCUGGUCAUCUAGAGGCUAUAUCAGCCUGGGAGACAAGGAUGGUUGUGGAGUGAAUGUCCACAGGUUAAAGUCUGCAUUAAAGGCCAUGGGAGAGACAGGUCUAGUUGAGAAACUUGAGUCUGCAGUGAAAGCAACCAUAAAUGUGUCUGUUGUUUAUACAAGAGUUAAUCAACCGAAUGCCAACAUAUCACUGCAGAGUUCCAGUGAUGGGUCCCUGACAGAGUGCAGGUCACAGCACAGUGUUGCCUCAAGUUGUGACCAGGUGGAGCACCCAAUAGUACAUCAUUAUCCAGUGGAUCCCAAUAAUGUUGGCUACUGUGUCGUCAUAAACCAGAAAAAAUUCUACAGAGACCAAAGUCUUUGUCGGAAGAGCGAGGUUGCAGAUCAUGAACUGGACCUACGGCUUGGGACAGAUAUGGACCGAGAUCGUUUAAGUGAAACAUUCUACAGCCUUGGCUUCACAGUGUGGAUAGGCCAGAAUCUUACACAUAGUGAUCUGCUGAAAAGUGUGCAGUUAACUCUUGAGACGCGUGUUAAGAAAGAACACUCUUGCUUUGUGCUUUGUAUCCUUUCUCAUGGUGAACGUGGUGCAGUUUAUGGGUCAGACAGCAUUCCUGUAUGUGUGGAUGGUCUGGAGAGGCUGAUGAAGGACUGUACCAAGUUGAUGGGGAAGCCAAAGAUCCUUAUCAUCCAGGCAUGCCAGGGACAGAGUCAACAGGAUGCUGUGUCGAGUGAAGACAUUGCAUCUGAUGGUCCAGUGCACAACAGAGGCAGCUCGACUGAUUUCAUGACUUUUUGGUCCACAGUACCUGGAUUUGCUUCAUUUAGGCAUGAAAUUGAAGGAACCUGGUUCAUCCAGGCAGUUUGUCAACAGCUGCUGUGUACUAGCCCAACAGAUGACUUGUACAAACUGUUCACAUCUGUGAAUAGAGAAGUCAGCUCUAAGAGGGCAUGUGUGGAGAAGUCAUACAAGACCAUGGUGCCAAUAUUUUACUCCACAUUUACACGAUUCCUGGUACUGCCACUUCACCCAGGAGCUAAAGUAAAAGUGUCUCAACGUAUGUUUGAACGCCACACAUUUAAUGCGCUGUUGCGAGAAUAUAUUAAAGACAGAAAACAAAAGACAGAACACAAAAGAAAAUUUAGAUAAUGUGAAUGCCAGACAGAAUUGCUAUUUCAGUGGUGGCAGUGGCAGCACAAGUACUGUGACAGCCGCCAGGCAAUGCCACACUAGCUGUCCCAGCCAGCCACACUCAUUCUGUCUAGAGUAUGCUAGCCUAGCAUAUUCUUGUUCAUACUAGACCACCUCAUCCUAACACAGCAUAGACCAUAAUGGACCAGCCUAGCUGAGGCAGUCCUGGUCUAGAACAGCCAAGCCAAGCAUAGAGUAAUAAUGGGCUUGCAUGAAGGCUCCUAGGAUGCAUGUAUCUAGGAGAUAUGGGACUGGUAUGGAUCACCUAUGUAGCCUUUAUGGUGUGCUGGUAUGGAGACACUUAUGUUGUCAUUAUAAUGAGAUUUUAUGGUGGAAACUAUAUAGCAAUUAUUUUGGCCUGAUAUUGAGAUCACUGCAUAUCUAUUAUAAUGGGCUUCUGUAGAGGACAUUGAGUCUAAUAAAAUGUGCUUAAAUGAAA